UCAGUGCUCGUCUCCCUCUGCCUGUCCACCCAUGCCUUCGUGCUGCCGAGGCCGCAGGGCGCACUGCGAGCAUCAUCCCCUUCACGAGCAGAGCCCUUGAGGAUGUCCGCAGACCAGCAGGAGGGCGACAACCAGCUCAGUCGGCUCAUCGGCGGCAUGCUGGGCCUCCUGGGCGGCGCUGCUCUUUUGGUCGGCCCUGUGCCCGACGCUGAGGCCAUCAGCAAAGACUACGUCAAGUCGCUCACCUACGAGCAGGUCAAGGGAACCGGUAAGGUGAAGAUGAGCAAUGAUCUGCAUACGGAAGAUGAGAUGAGAGAUCAUCAGCGUGUUGAUGGGGUCUGUGUGUGUAUGCGUGUGUGCAGGUCUUGCGAAUCGGUGUACGGCUGCUGAGGGCACCGGUUCCAUCUCGAUUUCGAGCGGCGGCCCAUAUGAGAUGGUCGACUUCUGCAUGGAGCCCAAGGAGUUCACCGUCCUUGAACAACGCACACAAAAGAGGACAGGUCGGCACGUGGCCGGACACCCACGCGCCGUCUGGGUGGGCACCCAGAUGAUUGGUCGGUGUGUCGCUGUGUCCUUGGUGUGUGCUCACUUCCUCACUCAGGCAAGGUUGACAAGAUCGGUCUGCCCACCAAGCUGACCACCCGGCAGACAUACACCCUCGACUACAUGUCGGGACCCAUUGAGGUCAAGGACGGUACGAACCACCCACAGGCAGACAAACAGACAGAGAAACACACUCCAUUGAUUCGUCUCUCUCCCCCUGCCCCUGCCCUCUUCCUUCCCCCAGGCAAGAUCACCUGGCAGGAGACCGACGGCAUUGACUUCGCCCCCACGACCGUGCAGGUCGGUGCGGCCGAGCGUGUGCCCUUCCUCUUCACGGCCAAGGACAUGAAGGUCUCGGCCGACAAGAACGGCGCCACCAUCUCACCGGGCCUCGGCCUGGGCGGCGAGUUCCGCGUGCCGGGUUACCGCACAGGUCUGUUCCUGGACCCCAAGGGCCGGGGCGGCACCACUGGCUAUGACAUGGCUGUGGCGCUCCCGGGGCUGCAGAGCGGCGAGGAGGGCGAUGAGGAGCUUUUCAAGGAAAAUAACAAGGUGCGUGGGGGUCAGUGGGGAUGGCGCUGUGGAUGGAUGAAUGGAUGGAUGGAUGGCGUGUCUGGUUCGGUGUGGUGCAGCUUUAUCAGUCGACCACGGGCAACAUCGAGAUGGAGAUCCAGAACGUCAACCCACAAACCGGUGAGUGAGUCAGUUGGUGGGGACACUCUGUGAUCGUCCGUGUGAUUGCAUGUGUCGCAUGGAUGAUCAGGUGAGGUGUCGGGUGUCUUCGUGAGCCAACAGAAGUCGGACACCGACCUGGGCGCCAAGGAGCCCAAGGACAUCCUCAUCAAGGGCGCUUUCUACGGACGCAUCCAGGCAAAGUCAUCAUAGACAGACACACCAACACACCGUCCCCACCAUCCCACUGGUUGGCUGGCUACAUGUGUGUGUCGGACGGUUUGCUCGCCCGUUUGUCUGCGAAGUGAAGUGUUAGCCUGGCCCUCCACCCCUCGAUGGUCU